CGUCGUCCGAGCCGUCGGGGCGGCCGGGCUCCGUCCGCAGGUGGGCUGGCGUCCCGGGCGCUCCGGCAGCGCGCGGGCGGAGACGUAGCGGGCCUGGCGGCCGCGCGCUUCCCGACGGCCCGGGGCCUCAGCCGGAGCUGCGCACGGCCCGGGCGUCGCCGCCCCCGGCCACUAGGUGAAGGCGCCGCGAGAGCCCCGAGGCGCUGCCCCGAGCGACGAGCCUGCGUCUGCCUGCGGCCCCCGCCUCCGCCCGUCCGGGCCGCCGACGGAGCCGGGGAGCGGGCCGCGGAGCGCGGCGGCCGCGCGCAGCUGGGCGCCCUGAGGCCGGAAGGCGCCGAGCCCCCUCAGCUGCGGGCCGGUGGGCGUGGUGAGGCGCCGCGGGUUCCGUUUUCCCGGGCCCCGGGGAGCUUUCGCUUUCGCUUCCAGCUGGCGUCCGCGCCCCGCGGGAGCCGCCCGCCGCCCGCGUCCCGUCAGCCGCGCCCCGACGGGCAGCCCGCCGCCGCCAUGGCCCAGGCCGCCGUCCUCGGCGAGGUGACCCAGGUGCUGUGCGCGGCCGGGGGCGCCCUGGAGCUGGAGGAGCUGCGGCGCCGCUUGCGGGACGGCGUCGGCGCCGAGGCGCUGGAGCGGCUGCUGCGGGAGCGCGGCCGCUUCGCGGUGGCGGCGCGGGCGGGCGCGGGCGGCGCGGCGGCGCCCGGGCGCGUGGUGCUGGCGGUGUCGGCGCUGCGCCUGUGCCGCGCGCACCAGAGCCCCAAGGCGGCCUGCGUGGGGCUGUGCGCGCAGCUGCACCUCUGCAAGUUCUUGGUCUACGGGGCCUGCAAGUUCCUGAGGGCCGGGAAGAACUGUAGAAACAGUCACAGCUUGACGACAGAUCACAACCUGAGUGUGCUGAGAACUCAUGGUGUUGACCACCUCAGCUACAGUGAGCUCUGCCUGCUUUUGUUUCAGAAUGACCCCUGGCUUUUGCCAGAGAUCUGCCUUCAUUAUAACAAAGGAGAUGGACCCUACGGCUCUUGUUCCUUUCAAAAGCAGUGUAUCAAACUCCACAUCUGCCAGUAUUUUUUACAGGGCGAAUGCAAGUUUGGCACUAGCUGUAAGAGAUCUCAUGAUCUCUCUAAUGCUGAGAAUCUGGAAAAACUGGAGAAGUUGGGCAUGAGCUCAGAUCUGGUGAGCAGACUGCCUUCCAUUUACAGAAAUGCUCAUGACAUCAAGAACAAGAGCUCCACCCCCAGCAGAGGGCACCCUCCUACCUCUGGCCCACAGGGGACUUCUGAAAGAAGAGAUAGUUCAGGUUCUGUGUCCCCAAACACUGCUAACCAAGAGGAGAGUGAUCAGAUCUGCUUAUACCAUAUCCGGAAAAGUUGUAGCUUUCAAGAUAAGUGCAAUAAAGUUCAUUUCCAUUUACCAUAUCGAUGGCAGUUCUUGGACAGAGGCAAGUGGAAGGAUUUGGAUAAAAUGGAGCUUAUUGAAGAGGCAUAUAGCGAUCCCAGAAAAGACAGGAUCCUGUGUGCUGAGUCAGCCAGCAACUUUCACUUUGAUUGUCUAGACUUUGACUCCAUGAUGUUCGGCGCUGCCCCAGCCCGCCGCCUCUCCACAGCCUCCUCAGUUACUAAACCUCCACACUUCAUCCUCACCACUGACUGGGUUUGGUACUGGACCGAUGAGUUUGGCUCUUGGCAGGAAUAUGGAAAACAAGGCAUGGAGCACCCUGUGACUGCCGUCAACAGCAGUGAUUUGGAGAAGGCCUACCUGGCGUACUGUGCACCAGGCUCUGACGCCCAGGCAGCCAUUCUGAAGUUCCAGGCUGGAAAGCACAAAUACGAGUUAGACUUCAAAGUGUUUGUUCAGAAAAACCUGGUCUAUGGUACGGUCAGAAAGGUUUGCCGGAGACCCAAGUAUGUGUCUCCUCAGGAGGUGAAGGUGAAGCAAGCCUGCAGCGUCAAGUUUCAAGGCCCAAAGAGCAUCCCAGACCAUUGGGACCCCUCAGCCCUGCCAGACCCUGGCUUUAAGAAAAUUACCCUCAGUUCUUCAUCGGACGAGUAUCAAAAGGUCUGGAACCUCUUUAACCGUACGCUGCCUUUCUACUUUGUUCAGAAGAUUGAGCGAGUCCAGAAUCUGGCCCUCUGGGAGGUCUACCAGUGGCAAAAAGGGCAAAUGCAGAAGAGAAAUGGAGGGAAGAUGGUAGAUGAGCGGCAGCUCUUCCACGGCACCAGUGCCAGUUUCGUCGAUGCCAUCUGCCAGCAGAACUUUGACUGGAGGGUCUGUGGUCUUCAUGGCACUUCCUACGGCAAGGGGAGCUACUUCGCCCGAGACGCAGCUUAUUCCCACCACUACAGCAAAUCCGACACCAAGUCCCACACGAUGUUCCUGGCCCGGGUGCUAGUCGGGGAGUUCAUCCGAGGCAACGCCUCCUUCGUCCGCCCCCCGGCCAAGGAGGGCCUUGGCAACAACUUCUAUGACAGCUGCGUGAACAGCAUGUCGGACCCCUCCAUCUUCGUGAUCUUUGAGAAGCACCAGGUCUACCCGGAGUACGUGAUCCAAUAUGCCACCUCCAACAAGCCCACGACGGGGACCUCCACCCUCUUCUCCUUGGCGUCUUUCUUUAGCAGCCGGCAGUGAGCACACAAGGGUGUUUUAGGUGCCUUUCAGGCAUGUCUUCCUUGGCGUUGCUAUUUGGGAAGGGUUGUGUUUUUUUUUUUUUUUUUAACAAAAACUUUUAAUGAACUGUUCAUUUAACGUUGACUUCCUGAUGAAGUUACAGUCUUAAUCUCACUAAUAAUGGUUCGGUUUUAAGCCACUUUUGGGCUCAUUAGUAGACUAACCAGAAGUGAUUAUAGGUGGGCCUGUUAUUGCUUUUUACUAAUGGGUUAAAGUUUUAUUAUUUACACUCUUUGUCGACUUUGCAGCUGAUUGGCACCAGGCACAGAGUUUCCAGGUACUAUUUUAUGGAUUGAUUUUAAAUUUAACUUUCUGUCUCUGCAGUGAGUAAUUUGGUUUUUCAGGGUCUCAGUGGCAUCUUGUUUAAUUUUUUGUCAAAAUGACAUAGUAGCCAUCAUCAGUCCAGGAGGUAGUCACUCUGUUGCUCAGGCUUUAAUCCAGGCACCCCUUCUUCUCCUGGGCUCCUGCCCUUGGAACUGGCCCAUCUAUCGUGGUGUUAGAGCAAGUGGCUACUGUGGUAUCACUGUGGCCCUGUCGUUUCCCUUUGUCCUGGAGGGGUCAGCAUCACUUAGUGGAAGGUGACAUGAAUGAGGGGCUGCCCCCAAGGAUCCCCAGGGCUCUGCCCACGAAUGCCCAUUCCCACAUCUCCUAAGCACACUGGAUACCCUCUGAAUAUGGGUUUUCUGUUCCUGUGAGAUUUGGAUACCUGUGCUGCAAAUGUCACAAUGGAGUAUGGAAAUAAAAGAAUAUUUAUCUGAA